UGAUGUCAGACUGUGCGCCGGGAACUGUCAUUUCUGCCCUGCUGAAGCUUCCGCGACAGGCAUAUACAGAAGCAAAAUAUUAUCCCUCUAAUAAACAACAGAGGAAGCGCAAUCAUGGACAGCGAUGAUGACAAUAUGGAAGAAGUGGUGGAAGGACCACUGGAUGAGGAUGACCAGCCUCAUGGCUUCUGCACUGUGACCUACUCCUCCAGCGACAGAUUUGAGGGACACUUUGUUCAUGGGGAGAAAAAUGGAAAAGGAAAAUUCUUCUUUUUUGAUGGCAGUACGCUGGAGGGUUUCUAUGUGGAUGAUGCUUUGCAGGGCCAGGGCAUUUAUACUUACGAGGAUGGGGGAGCAUUACAUGGGACUUAUGUAGACGGCGAGCUCAAUGGACCUGCUCAAGAGUUCAAUCCAGAAGGUCAGCUGGUCUUCAGAGGCCAGUACAAGGACAACAUUCACUAUGGCAUGUGCUGGAUCUACUACCCGGAUGGCGCCUGCGUGGUUGGGGAAGUGAAUGAAGAUGGAGAGAUGACUGGAAAGUCUGUGGCUUAUGUUUAUCCUGAUGGGCGUACGGCUCUGUAUGGCUCCUUUGUUGAUGGAGAACUGAUUGAGGCCCGACUUGCCACUCUUACCACCCAAGAGAACGGCCGACCACACUUCACUGUUGAUCCAGAUAGUCCUGUUUACUGCUACGAUAAAUCCACCUCGUCAUGUAUCGCUGGUCAUAAACUGUUGCCUGACCCCUACGAAAGUCAACGUGUGUAUGUUGGACAGUCACUUAUUUCCGGAGCUGGAGAAGGGCUAUUUGCAAAAACUGAGGCUGAGGCUAACACAGUGAUGGCUUUUUAUAAUGGUGUCCGCAUUACACAUACAGAGGUGGACAGUCGUGACUGGUCCCUGAACGGGAACACUAUUUCAUUGGACGAGGACACUGUGAUUGAUGUUCCGGAACCUUUCAAUCUGACGGAGAAUUAUUGUGCAUCUCUAGGUCACAAGCCCAAUCACUCCUUCACUCCCAAUUGCAAAUAUGAUCCGUACGUCCAUUCUCGUUUUGGGCAAAUAAAAUGCAUCUGAACAAUCCGUGCUGUGGAGAAAGAUGAAGAACUCACUGUUGCUUAUGGUUAUGACCAUGAGUCAUCGGGGAAGUCUGGUCCAGAGGCACCAGAAUGGUACACAAAACAAUUGCUGUAGUUUCAGCAGAGGGAGUCUGGAAAAGAUGCUGAUGAGACCUGCUAAGACUCCUCUCACUACCGCUGUCCUGAAAAAACAUUAUCUCCCAUCCCAGCCUGUAACUACCACCAGAAACUCUACCUUUGUUCUUCAACCUUCUUGCAGCUAACACUAACAUCUAAUCACUCUUGAACUGAUUUGCGGCAUCCUCAUCAGUUUACAAGGAUUGCAAAUGUGAAAUCCUCACUCAGAUCACUGAGCAAGCUGCAAAAUUCUAUGGUUCUACAGUGUGGAAGGACUAGUAUGUGUGUCAGUUGGUGACUGAUUUGGUUGCACUACAAGAAUACAGAGACUGAAAAAGAGCAAGUGAUUUAAAAGGCAUUUUGACUGAAAUCGAUGAAGUGGAGUGGAGUUUGAAAGUUUUAAAAACCAUUGUCACUAUUUCUUGAGAUAUACAACCACUUUACCACAACUUGUGAAAACUAUGCAGUAUUAAACCAGUAUAGUUUAUUUUGCUGCUCUGUCCAUGUUUCCCCUAAGAACUGAAAAUAUAGAUGUUUUUUAUGUUUAUAUUACCAACAAUUAUUCUUGUAUUAUAAACCAAUUUGUUCUCUUUUUUUUGCAUGUGCGAACAGCUACAGUUAUGUUUAAAUAGGCUCUAGUAGUCUCGAGGUACAGUAUUACACAGACAAAGCUGUUUAUUUACAUGAUUUUUUUUUCAAGAAAAACUGAAAGAUUUACACCAUUAAAAUUAAGUUAAGUAAGGUGUACUGUAUAUAUGGGGAGAAGACUGAACAGAAUGUACAGUAUUUGAGGAAAAAGGCACAAGUUAAAGAGAAAUCUUUUUACUGAACUGAACUUCAAUAUGCAAAAGCUGUCAACAAAGAUUUAUCAAUAAAAACUCCAGCAUAGAG